CAAGAGAAACCAACGAAGAUCGCCGACUCAAUUGCCCAGCAUACUGGGAACGUGGAGAAGCCGAUCUGUAGUCGUAUUUGAUGAUUCCAGAUCUUGUCGACUGGUGCCAUUUUGGCCAUAGAGGAGAGGAUGAAAAGGCACGGGCGUUUCACGUAAAAUCGGAAACGCUGGUGUUUCACUGCGACCGAAUGUGCUCUGAAAAGCCUUUCCCUAAAAAAUGAGCUCUAUAAGGAAUAUUUCCCGAAGGUCAUUCAGAAUCUUGGAUAUAAAAUUGAAACAGAUUUAAAAACUGACAUUUUCGGGGAAGUACCGAUUGGGCGUCUCAGAUCGGUGUAUGGUUCCACUGGCGUAGAGUUCCCGCUGGGGUGUUUCAGCUCGAUAGAUAGCUGCUGCGACACGCUCCUGUCCUGAGAUGUAUUUGGGUGGUUCAUUAGGGUUACGUUGUAUAGUGGUGUCAGCGUAUUGGAACGGUGGCCGUUCGGUACCAAAGGAUUGACGACGUUGAAGGGUGGGGCGCGAUUCGGGACGCUGUUCUUGGUGCGACAUUCCGCGAAGGAUACCGCUUGCAGGCUCACGACGGCCUGUUGAUGAUGGCAGAUGACCGUUCGGGAUAUGCUGCUCGGAUUUCGAUGUAUAUGGUGUUGCCGUAGAGUUGCCAUAGACGAUAGUGUUGAGAUUUGAGAAAUCAUGCGAAUUCGAAUCAUGGACACCAUUGUGAUUGCGAUAGUUGUAGCUCUCGAUACUUGGCGUUGCUCGUUCACUUCUUGCUGGACUGCGACUACGAUCACGAGGUGGAGGUGUUGGAGGCUUGCUACGAAGGCGACCUCGUUUUCCUGGAGAAAUCGAAGAAACCAACCUUCAACGGUGUAUUGCGUUUCGUCUCGUGGACCACCUCGUUGUGCAUCUUUCUCGUCGUGGGCGUUUUUCAACUCCUGAAAGCGGGCGGCGUCUUUGAAAUAAUCCAAUUCUAUGGGAAUAGAAAACGUGGCUUCAGAAAAACUAACACAUUUCAUGGCUUUGCAAAUGGCCUUCGAUUCUAUUUCUUUCUCUCUCUCUCUCUCUGGCUGUCUUACUCGAACAAGACCACAGCUGUGUGGCGGUAG